GCCAGAGCCUGCUUUCCUCAGUUCAGGCUUCAUCUAUUAUACAUGCACACUGACAUCACUAUUCCUGCCAUCACAACUCCUGCAGCAGCAGCCACCCAGCCCAGGCGCUUACUCCUUUGGUUCAGAGGCCCUUGCAAGCCUGCUAUAAUCACCCCCACAACUCGAGUGCUCUGCCCCUGGGAACGCCAGCCUCUUCACAGUGUCUCUGCAUGACUGUCACAAAGAUGUCUUGGUGUCCGCAGUACCGGAGCUCCAAGUUUCGAAACGUCUAUGGGAAAGUGGCCAACAGGGAGCACUGCUUCGAAGGCAUUCCCAUCACCAAGAAUGUCCACGACAACCACUUCUGCGCCGUCAAUGCCAAGUUCCUCGCCAUAGUAACGGAGAGCGCUGGCGGAGGCUCCUUUCUAGUCAUCCCGGUGGAACAAACUGGACGGAUUGAUCCUCAUUACCCGAAAGUGUGCGGCCAUCAGGGGAACGUCCUGGAUAUCAAGUGGAACCCCUUCACGGACAACAUCAUCGCUUCCUGUUCAGAGGACACUUCGGUGAGGAUAUGGGAGAUCCCAGAGGGGGGGCUGAAGCGGAACAUGGCAGAGGCGGUUCUUGAGCUGUACGGACACAGCCGGCGCGUGGGCCUCAUCGAGUGGCAUCCUACCGGCAACAACAUCCUGUUCAGCGCUGGGUACGACUACAAGAUCCUCAUCUGGAACCUGGAUAUCGGCGAGCCUGUGAAGAUGAUCGACUGCCACUCUGAUGUCAUCCUCUGCAUGUCUUUCAACACCGACGGCAGCUUAGUGGCCACCAGCUGCAAGGACAAGAAGCUCAGGGUGAUAGAGCCCCGCUCUGGGAGAGUGCUGCAGGAAGCAAACUGCAAGAACCACAGAGUGAACCGUGUGGUGUUCCUGGGGAAUAUGAAGAGGCUGCUGACCACAGGAGUGUCCAGGUGGAACACCAGGCAGAUCGCACUCUGGGACCAGGAGGACCUGACCACGCCGAUGAUCGAGGAGGAGAUUGACGGUCUGUCAGGGCUGCUCUUCCCCUUUUAUGACGCUGACACACACAUGCUGUACCUGGCUGGAAAGGGCGAUGGGAAUAUCCGCUAUUACGAGAUGGGCACGGAGAAGCCCUACCUGCAGUACCUGCUGGAGUUCAGGUCCCCCGCGCCACAGAAGGGACUGGGUGUAAUGCCGAAGCACGGGCUGGAUGUGUCGGCCUGUGAGGUGUUCCGCUUCUACAAACUCUUCACUCUGAAGGGGCUCAUCGAGCCCAUCUCCAUGAUCGUGCCAAGAAGGUCGGAAACUUACCAAGAGGACAUCUACCCGAUGACGCCAGGCAUGGAGCCAGCCCUCUCAGCUGGUGAAUGGCUGAGCGGGAUCAACAGAGAUCCUGUAUUGGUGUCGCUGAAGGAGGGCUACAAGAAGCCGUCCAACUUAGUUUUCAAAGCGCCUGUUAAAGAAAAGAGGAGCGUGGUGGUGAACGGAAUCGACCUGCUGGAAAACGUGCCACCGAGGACAGAGAAUGAGCUCCUGCGUGUGUUCUUCCGACAGCAGGAUGAGCUCCGACGGCUGAAGGACGAGCUCUCGCAAAAGGACAUUAAAAUCCGACAGCUGGAACUGGAGCUGAACAACCUGAAGAACAGUCCCAAAACCAUGUGACCUCACUGGACAUGGCACAAUACGCUGAGCAGCAAUCCCGAGCUGGACCUCUCACUGAACACGAGCCAGACCUGCCAACCAGCUUCAUGCACACCUGCCUCUCUCUCUUCACUGGAGCAGUGCUGUCUGAAUGAGUCGAGGGUAUCUGUUUGCUGCCCAGCAAUUCCACUAGCCUCCGAUAUCAGCUUCUCUGCAGUCCACCUCCUACUAAAACUAUGGAAACAUGAGGAAGAGCCACAGUCAUUAUAUAAGACUAUUACAGUUCUCUCUCUUUCCAAGUGCUGCUCCAGCUCAGUAUAGGUUGAGUCUAUUUUAAACAAACAAGCUGUGAUUUCAUUAGACUCACAGCCUGGGCUUCCAGCUGCAGUAUACCCCCUUUCUAAACCUUGGUACCUUGCAGCACAUCUCAUUCGAUUUGUUACCCUGGUCACUGCUCUGAUUUUAUUAUCAUCAUGAUUAUUAUUACCAUGGUAUGUUUUAAAGUGGCAGUUAAAUCUCUCUAGCUGCUUUCUAAAGACUAUAUGAAACAACAAGACGUUCCUUUUUCAGUGAGCGGGUCCUGCAUUGAUACAGGUGUGAGAUUAAAGUCGCAGUUUGUGUGUGUUUGUGUGCACCGCGGCUCGACAAUCUCCUAGAUGCUGUUCUGUGUUUGAAGCAAGGUGACAGGGUGGCCAAGUGACCUGUGGCAUGGCUCUGUAUUCAAACUGGAUUUUAACAAAAGCUCCUUUUAAAUUUUUUUAGAAUCGUAUUAAUAAAUAACCCUUAAUUUAAUUUCAGUUCAGGUGUCCCAGUUCAGUUUCAGGGAGAUCUGUAACCCUCCUGCUGCUGUGUUGGGGUGUGCCGAACACCCAGAAUUCACUUCAUAGAGAAACAGUGCCCCCCCACUAUGUUUGCAUUAGUGGUUUCAAGUGCUAUAACUUUUUAAAAAUGUUUUCUGCUGUUCAUGUUAUUAAUGCAUUCCUUAAGUAUUUGAAUCCCACUAUUCUAAAUGCUUACAGCUGUUGAUCAGGGAAUGGCAACACCUCUCUGUGGAAAUGCGUAUUUUAGAAUGGAUGCAUUUUGUGUCGGCUGGAACUUUCUCAACACCUACUAACAUCGCGAGCCAGCUCUUUAAAUUUAUGUAAGGGAGGAGAAUCCUGGUUCAGCUUGUGGAUGAAUAAAUAAAUGACUAAUCAAAGUGUGCAUUUUACACUAUUAAUAAAUGUUUUUACCAUCCGAAUUACAGUAUGUGGUUCGAGUCAUAAACAAUUGCACCAUUCCUAGCUACUUGGUGUAAAUUCUUAAUACAUAGUAUAUGAUGCUUUUACAUACACAAUCCAAACAUGAAGUUAAAGUACAAGUAAAAAUCAGAUGCAAAGUUAGUGUGCUGCUGGAAGUGAGAAAGACAAGGGUUCUUUUAUUUUUUUAAAUAGUAUCUCAAAAUAUGGUAGACAGGCUCGUACCCCCAAAAACCACCCGUCCAGGAAGAUUGAAACACUGCAGGGGGGAGACCCCAGUUGAGUGAGGCUGUGAGCAGGUGUGACACUCAGGAAAGCACUGGAGAGGUUUUAAUGAAUUGAGUUCCCCUCCUUUAACUAAGAAAUGAAUGCUUGAGGCUGUGGCUACCCCUCGCUUAUAACCGGAGAGGUAUUUCGUUGUCAAGCCAGAGAUGUGGUAGCCUGUUUGCAGGGAAUCUCGUUUUAUUGCUUUUAAUAUUCUUGCUAUACACUGGUGUGACACUAGAGGGCGCGACACUAUAACAAAACUGGAAGUGUAGCUCACUACAACAAAUGCUGGAAGGACAAAGUAAAAUAUUUUAAUUAAAAAAAAAAAAAAAAAUUGCCAUUAUACUUAAGGAAUUUCCUAAUAAACUGUGUACUAGUGACUGUGUAAUGUUUUAUUUAAAUUCUGGUCGGCUGUUACCUAAAUUACUUACUAUUUUACAAUGUAUAUUGAUCUUUUACUAUCUUUUUAAAAAAAAAAAAAAAAAAAAUUAAUAGACACAUCAUGCAAACAAGGGUGCUGUAAUAUACACACAGUCCUGGGAUUUAAAUGGGUUCCUAUUGAGUUACUAUGAAUGUUUUAAUACAGUAAGAGGAUUUGUAGAGUUAUGAGUAUAUUAUAGGAAUCUUAGCUUUGCUUUCAUCUGUUUGUCAUCAGUGGAAGCAUUUGAUGUUAUUUUUCUGGACUUUCUGAUUUUAUUACCACUUGGCAGCCGAUUGUCAACAGUUCGUACUUUUAAAAAUUAAAUUUUAUUGCAAUU